ACUUUAACCACUGGCGAUUCAUCCCGGCCCAAAUCUUGCACUGCGUAAAAUAAUUGGCAAGCGCGCAUACCGGGCAUUACAGUACGAUUUCUUUGUCUCUGGCCGGGUUCCUGGCAUCGCAUAUUCGAGGCCUUUCUGGUUAGGUCCCUCAAGGGGUUGUCGAGUUAUUACCCACAGGGCCAUGAGAGCCAAUGACCAGAAACACAUACCCUGAGCUUCAUGGCCUGGUUCAUAGGAGCUACGCUGCUUUCGGAACUGGUUGUCAAAGUAAGGCAGAUAGACAAUCACUCAGCCCUGUCGGCCUUCCAGUCCCAAGCUGGCAAAGCAAACCCACGAGAAGACCAAUUACUGACAGGAUCGGUAAACUACGUGGAGGCACGUGAAGGCGCACUUGCGUUCCGGCUGACCAAAGUCACAAAUGAUUACGCUUCUGCGGCCACGCAGUGGCUGCAGCCCGAUGGUUCGGCAUCAACCUGGGAUGCCCAGCGUAUGCUACAGCGAACAAGCACCCUGCCAAGCAGCCUUUUCUCCUGCCUAGCGGAGUCACCUCCUCCAGAUCUCGCCAACAAGGAACUCACCACUGCCGGGCGCAUAGAGAUAUCGCCGGUGAGCACGGCAAGUGAGGUUUCACCACCGUGCAGCGCAUUGCCCGGUGGGGGUUCUUUGUCUCGAAAGCGUUCAGUCCUGAGACGGCUCGUCGUGGAGUAUCUACUGCAGACUAUAGUUCGAGACAGUCGAAAGCUGUAUACCUAUAGGAUCAAGUCCCCAUCAGGCUCAGGCACGGGCCGUGCAUUGCUUGUGUGAGAACUGACAUUCGACAAGCCGGUCGGGAGUGACGCAUUGCGAAAAUGACGGAGUCAUCGCCCACGCAAGUGAGCGUCUCUUCUGACACAACCUCGCUCGCCACGCAGCUUGAUCUCGGCCCCGGCCAUGUGGGAACCGUCCACGCACGUCUGGGCCAGGGUUUGACGCGAAAGCGCUGAAUAGACACUGGACUGGCCACCAGCAACAAC